AUGGAACUUGGAACCAAUGAAUUUGCUGAUCUAUCACUUCAAGAAUUCAUCGAUCUUAAAUUGUCUAAAUUCAACAUGUCUGAAAUCACUGAUGACCUAUUUACCCAACACCAACCAGACAACAAUCAAACCUCCUCUUCAACCUCCUCAUCUGAAUCAUCUGAAUCAUCCUCAUUAUCCCCAUCCUCAUCUUCAUAUAACAGUAACACCUCCAGAUGUAUUUCAAGCAACUGUGGAUUGGGUAAAGAAAAGAAAAACCUCUCUGAACAAAACUUUGUAGAUUGCCAAACGUUUGGCAAUAAAGGAUGUGAAGGUGGUUGUGCGCACAAUGCUUAUCAUCAAGUCUUAAAAGGUCACGGAGUAUCACAUUCGAAUAUGUAUCCUUAUGUCGGAUACAAGAACACAGCAAUAUGCUCGGCAGUCGGUCUGACUAUCAACAUUAGAAGUUACGCAAUGACACUCGGUAGAAAAGAGUUUGGCUUGACCAAAGCAUUACUAGAUACCCCUGUAUCAGCUUCAUUUGAUGCAAGUUCUAGAGAAUUCCAAUUGUACGUGAGAGGAAUAUUUUCAUCACCAACUUGUGAUAAACUGAAACCUUCUCACUCGGUACUUGUUACUGGAUAUCAACCAGGUGCUUGGUUAAUCAAGAAUUCAUUUGGAGUCAACUGGGGUGAAGCUGGAUUCUUCAGGUUGGCAAGAAAUACCGAUGAUAAAUGUGGUAUUGCCAGUUUUGCUAGUUAUCCAGAAUUUAAUGGUGUUAUACCAUAA